GCCCUGCCGGCGAGGCUGGAGCCGAGCGCGGGGAACCAGAGCGGGGCCAUGGCAGCCGCAGGCCCAGGCGCCAGGCCCUGCCCGGCCAACUUCUCGGCCGCCGCCGCCCGCCACCUGGCGGGCUUCCAGGAGGCCUACCUGUGGCCCAUCCUGGUGGCCGAGUUCCUGGUGGCCGUGGCGGGCAACGGCCUGGCCCUGUACCGCUUCAGCCGCCGGGAGCGGCGGCCGUGGCCGCCCGCCGUGGUGUUCUCCGCGCAGCUGGCCGCCAGCAACCUGCUGUCCGCGCUGGCGCUGCCCCCGAUGGCCGCCUACUUCUACCCGCCCAAGAGCUGGCGCUACGGGCUGGCGGCCUGCCGCCUGGAGCGCUUCCUGUCGGCGUGGAACCUGCUGGGCGGCGUCCUCUUCAUCACCUGCAUCAGCCUGGCGCGCUACCUGGGGGUGGCGCACCCCUUCCUCACCCGCAGCCGCCUGCGGCCCAGGCACGCGUGGGCCCUGAGCGCCUCGGCCUGGGCGCUGGCCGCGCUGCUGGCCGCGCCCUCCCUCGGCUUCGCCCACCUCGAGGGGCCGGAGGGGCCGGCGCGGGCGGCGUGCGGCGCGGCCAGGCCCCAGGCCUGCGUCCGGUGUCUGGGCGCAGGGGCGGCCAGCCAGCUCCCCGCCUUCAGAGCCUACAGCCUGGCGCUGGCGGCGCUGGGGGGCGCGCUGCCCCUGCUGCUCACGCUGCUGGCCUUCGGCGCCCUGGGCCGCGCCGUGCUGCGCAGCCACAGCAUGUCGGCCGCCGAGAAGCUGCGCGUGGCCUUGCUGGUGGCCGCGGGGGUGGCGGUGUACGCCAGCUCCUACGUGCCCUACCUGGUCCUGCGCGUGCUCAACGCGGCCGCCCGGCAGCGCUGGCUGGCCCGCUGCCCCAGCUUCGCGGACGAGGCCCAGGCGGUGCGGGCGCUGGAGCUGGGGCCCUACCUGGGCUUCCAGGUGACGCGGGGCCUGGUGCCCCUUGCCAUGUGCACCCACCCGCUGCUCUACAUGGCCGUGGUGCCCAGCCUGGGCUGCCCAGCCUGCAGGGCGGGGCGGGACCAGCGUCCCGGCCAAGACCAGCCUCUCCCCGCGCUGGCCAGCCCCGAAGCCCGGCCCAGCCUGCUGCUCACCACAGGCCCCUGCGACAGUGACACCGCAGGGUGACAGGCCCUGGGCCCUGACGUCGCCCUUCAGCCACUUCCUCCCCAAGACAACCAGAGCACCCCCCCCACCCCAUGCUCAGACCCCUGGGCUGGGACGGGGGCAGGGAAGGCCACACCUGUCAGCCACUCAGGCUGAGGACGAAGGCUCACAGCCAGCUGGGGAAAGGAAAGCUCGAGACAACUAUCUCCAAUUAAUGACCAGAAAGCCGAAGUGUGGAGCUGUGACUCAGACGGCAGAAGCGCCAGCCUCGUGCAAAACAGCUCAAGGACAACACCA